AUGACGGAGAAGAAAAGAAGCUGAUUAGCAAAGCCUCAUGGGUGCAGACUCUACGUAAUUACGCUUUAGUGCUUUAUGUGCUUUUGUGUAGACUCACUAAAUUGUAAGCAUCAUGUCUGUGGAUGUAGACGAACAGUGCCUCAGCUGAAUGAAGACUGAUGGGGUCUGGAGCAAGUCAGAGGCAAGAUUCAGUUUCAGAGAGCCCCCCCAGUUUAAAACCAAACACUGAGACAGAAUCGCCUGACUCCUCGCAGCGAACGCCCAUCAUACUCAUCACAGCUCCAUCACGGGACGACAUCUACGCCACGCCAUCCAAAAUCACGAUAGCCGAUGCCAUCAAAGAGCAGCGGCCUGGGUCUGCACCCUUCGUAGUGGGGAAGAAACUACCAACCAGACAGUAACUCCAAAUGUCUAUCACAAGAGUUUUCCAAAUAUGAAUUUUUCCGGAAUUGACAGGUCACAAACUCCGGGAAAGCUGUUGGUUGUCCUCCCGUUACCAAAACAAACCUCAAUGGCGGCUGAAUGAGGUGCUGCUGUUUGUAGAUGUGCUCUCUUCGGGACUUAUUUUAGUCCAAAAACUGCAUUUAAAUAAAACAAUGGACGCGGCUGGAGAGGACGAACCGGACCCCAUAAAGCUGAAGUCUCUUAAGGACAAUAAAACUUUCACAGUGCCUCAAAAUUACAGGUUUGGGAGCUGCAGAAGUGUCAGAGAGUUUGAGAAACUCAACCGAAUAGGAGAAGGAACAUACGGCAUUGUGUACCGUGCCCGCGACACCAAGUCAGAUGAGAUUGUUGCACUGAAAAAGGUGCGAAUGGACGCAGAGAAAGAUGGGGUCCCCAUCAGCAGCCUCAGAGAGAUCACACUGCUGCUGAGGCUGAGACAUCCCAACAUAGUGGAGCUGAAAGAGGUGGUUGUCGGCACUCAGCUAGAAAGCCUAUUUCUGGUGAUGAGUUACUGUGAACAAGAUCUGGCCAGUCUGCUGGAAAACAUGCAGACGCCAUUCUCAGAGGCGCAGGUUAAGUGCAUCGUUCUCCAGUUGCUUAGAGGUUUGGAGUAUCUCCACCACAACUUCAUUAUUCACAGAGACCUGAAGGUGUCUAAUCUGCUGAUGACAGACAAAGGCUGCGUAAAGAUUGCUGAUUUCGGUCUGGCCCGGAUGUACGGCAUUCCUCAGCAACCCAUGACACCACGAGUAGUUACGCUGUGGUAUAGAGCACCAGAGCUCCUCCUAGGGACGAAGACUCAGACUACGGCUCUGGACAUGUGGGCAGUGGGCUGUAUCCUGGCUGAGCUGCUAGCCCACAAACCUCUGCUGCCUGGAACCUCUGAGAUCCAGCAGGUCGACCUGAUCGUUCAGCUGCUGGGAACACCCAAUGAAAACAUCUGGCCGGGUUUCUCUCAGCUUCCCCUCAUCGGUCAGUACAGCCUGAGGAAGCAGCCGUACAACAACCUGAAGAACAAAUUCACCUGGCUGUCUGAUGCUGGACACAGACUGCUUAACCUGCUCUUCAUGUACAACCCCCAGCGCAGAGCUACUGCUAAAGAUUGCUUGGAGAGUUCGUACUUCAAAGAGAAACCUCUACCCUGCGAACCAGAGCUGAUGCCAACAUUCCCUCACCAUCGCAACAAGCGAGCGGCUCCUCCAGCAGAGAGCCACUCGAAGAGGAGUAAAGUGUGAAGAAACACUGGACUUACAGGCACACCUCUGGUGGGAAAAUGGCCACACUCAUGAAGAGCUUUUACUGUGGAGCUUUGAGCUAGUCCAAACCAGAAUCAGCUUCAGCACAGCUGUAGUGAAACAAAGUCAGACAAACUUAUUGCUGGACUGUUAAAAAAAAGGAACACAGCAAGCAGUCAAGAAAAGGCUGGAAGUACAACCUGCUGUGUGGAUCCAACGGUGUGGUCUGAGAGCACAGCACAUUCAUCAAAGAAAGAGAAACGGGCCCAUUUUAUAUUUUGUGUCUGAGUUACUGUUUCCAACGGCAAAUAAGAUGCUACAGUUACGAGAAGAGACUUCAUAUUUGCAAAUUCUACUCUCAUGGUUACAAGAAAAGCUUUGAUUAAAGUUAAAUAAAAAAUUUAAAAAAUAAUUUAAUUACUAAAAUAAAUUUCUCUUUAAAGUGGACGUUUUAGCCUAAUUUAUUUUUUUGUUUCUAGAGUAGCUUUGCAUGGUUCACAGUUCAAAAUCAUCCUUGUGUAUCCUCUCAGUUCAUCCUCUAUCAGAAACAAGCUGUUUUAAUUCCUCUGCCUUUUAACUCUUUCACCUGUAAAAACAUUUGACAACCUCCUCUGUACCGUUAAUGACACCUCAAUAUAUAUAAUAUAAGAUGUGGUGUGAGUAGCCUUAGUAAGCUAUAUAGGUGGCGAUCACCCUCAUUAACUUCUGAUUCACACCCAGCCCUUAAAAUAUGACAGAAAGCACUGAGUUCAGAAAAGAAAAACAAGUGUUUACCCCUAGUAGGCAACCAAGAGGGAAAGAGUUAAGGCAGCUGUCUUCUGAUUGGCUUUUCCUUCAUUAACAGACGGUCUGAAAAGCCGGCUGUGCCUUAGACGAACAUAUUGGGGAUAGUUCCUCUCUGACAUCAUAAAUGUCCCUGUUGAGAGCAGCUUGAAGCCUGAGCUUUUGGCAUAUUCUUAUUUAAAACUUUGACAAUGUUUAAUUUGAAUUUAAUAAAGUUUAAUAAACAUCUGGAACAGCAACAGUGUAUAAAAAUAUAAAAAUAAGGAUGACAGAAUAGCCAUUUAAUCCAUUCUGAUCUCAUGAAUAUGAGAACACUAUCUAAAAAUGACAAAAUAAUCCAUACAGUAUUAGCCACUAUUUUAUAUAUGCUCACAGACAGCAAUGGUCCUGUGAUGGGCAAAAACUGUCUUGUUAUAAUAAUGUCCUUUUGCUCACUGACAUCAAUAAUAUCCCUCACUCUAUCAAACCAAGGAGCUGCAUGUUGUGACUGUGUAACACUUCUGUCUUCUCAGAUAGUGGUGACCUUUUCUUGUAAUUAUGUGAUUAAGCAUGAGGCCUCGCUUUCCUUUUUUUUUCCAGCAGUGAAUGUAGUGCUAUAGUGUACACCCUGACACAUUACACAUCAGUCUCUGUGGAUGUGCUGUUAUAAUUAUCUCUGCAGCUCUGUGACCAGGAGCUUUGGGGUCUUUGCUUGAGUGCUGUCUACAGCUUUAUAGCCUCCAUGUUAUUCUUGUUGAUGAAUUUAGGAUUAAUUUAAGAAUAUCUGCCUUUAAAGUCUUUGAUGCACAAUAAAGAAGAUCUCAGGUUUGAUCCUCACAGCUGUCAGACAGUGUCCAAGUGUCCUUGAGUAAAAUAUUGAAUGCUUGAUUUUGCUUGAUAGACAUUAAGGAGCUCUGUGUUAGCACGCAGCACGGGCCAGCAGGGCCAAAACUGUGAUAUGAUGUAGCAACUGUACUGCUUGUCUUAGUAUGUGCAAUAAGCACAAAGUUUACCCCAUGUAGGCUGCUUUGUGCUAUUACAUACUUGGUGCCAUUUAACAUUAUACAUCAAUCACUUAAGCUGUGGAAUAAAUUGUAAAGCUAGUCAAAUAGCAUUUCCACUUAUAUGAAUUAUAGUUGGACUAUACUGACAAGUAAGAUAUGGUUAGCUAGCUAGCUGUAAUUUAGCUGUGAUACAGGACUCUGGUGAUGGUUGGUUGGUAAUAGUGGCUGAUGAAGUAAAAAGAAAAUAGACUGCCAAGUUACCUGAUCAGCCCUGAGUCACACCAAGGAAAACAGUGGGCUGGAGACCACCGCACAACCGUACACAGUGAACUUGCAACUAUUUCAAAAGUUGCUUCAAAGAUUGCGACCAAGAUGGUAACCACUCGCAGUCAGUCGCGUCUUCAAAGCGACUUCAUACGUCAAGAUGGCAAUAAAACAUCAAUAAUAAACUGCAGCAAACUGGUGGAAAUGGUGAAUCAUCUACAUACACAGAUUGCAUAGGUUGCCUCCCACAAGGCAAUCCAUGCAACCACUGCAAUCGAAAGUGGUUAUCCAGAGGUUCCUAGUCUUGUGAAAAAAUUCUGCACUAUUUUUAAUCUAGUGUGACUGAGCCAUUAAGACAGUGUUUUGCUUCAUGAAAUUUGUCAGUGCAUAUGAUGUUUGUUGUAUGGAGCUGAUUAGGACUGGACUUCAUUUCCAAGCUACUUUUAGCUAAUGAGGUGGUUGCUCUAGGUCUUUCCAGUCUUGUGAUUAUAGCUUGACAUUUGCUGUAUAGACGUGAGAUUGAUGUAAAUGUAAAAGGAAAGAGUUUUUAUCAAAAUCUUGAAGAUUUUCCUUAGAAGGAUCAGCUUAAAUGACUGCAGUAAAUGAACAGUGGCCUCAAAGUUGACUGUGUAAAUUUAAAUAAAAUCAGAAAACUGAC